AUGUCGUCGUCCUCCUCCUCCAGGGCGAGGGCGAGCGAGUCGGGCGGACGCGACAUUCCUUGGGUGCUGCUCGACCGGACGCCUCGCCUCACCGACUUCGGAGGGAUGGCCCACGACGCGGACGUCCUGCUCGAGCUCGUGCCGCCGCCGGCCGUCUCCACAGUCUUCCUCGACCGCGCUCUGCUCCCCGACGCCGCCGCCUGGGAGACGGCGCCGUGCCGCGUCGAGGGCGCCGACGCGUCGGGACACCUCCUCCUCGCCUUCCCCUCGCCGCGAGCGCCCGGGGAGUCGAACCUGCUCGCCAAGGGCAAGGGGCACUUCCUGCCCGCGUUCCCGGAGGAUGUGCUCGGCCUCGCCAUCUCCCCGGCCGCUCCCACGGGCAUCAUCGCGGACCACGGGGCGAACACCGGCGACGCCUAUUUCGUAGCCCAGGUGCAGAGCGCGCCAUCCUCCACACCAGUCGUCGCGGUCGCGCUCUGCUUCUCCAGCGACGAGAGCAAGUGGACCGUCAGGGAGGUGGCCGGCGACGACCGCUGGAGAGACUUCCACGCAAACUCCGUAGUCUCGCACGACCGCGGCGUCCACGGCGACGGCCUUCUCGUCUUCGUCGACAGGAACCACGGUCUACUGCUCUUCCAUCCGUGGGCGAUCGCGUCGCGCUUCGUCCAGUUUCCCGAUCCUCCCGAGGGCGGCGGCGGAGGAGAGACCGAGGAGGAAGCUGACGCCUCGGUCGACUCCAGCGAAGGCAAGAUCAUCUACGUCGUCUUCUACGAUGUGCCCGACGGAACUAUGAUCGGCUUAUGGUGCCUGUCCGAGGAGAACCUGCGCUGGAAUCCCCACUUCAGCCUCUGCUCCGACGAGGUCUUCCACUGCGACGAGUUCCUGUUGCCGCUGCGAGGAGUUCGGAGCGUUGGACCUGUCGACCCCUACAGAAUGACCGGGAUGGUCUUCGCCGUGCGCUGUCCCGCCGAUGGUACGUUGUCCUCGUUCUGUGUGGAGGUGACGCCGGCGGGGAUGGUGCUACGGAGGGUGCAGUUGUUGGGCGACGUUGAGAGCUGUGCGUGCCAGGAUUCUGUCGUGUGCCCUCUGCAAGGUACACCCAAGAGGAGCUGGAUGGAGACCGUGAACAGCGCAGUGCAGGACGGAAAACAGGUGGGAAUGAUUGCGCUGAGCGCGGUUCAAAAGGGAAGGAAGUACGUCGACAAACUGCCCGGCGCGGUGCAGCUCGUUGGAGGAGCCCUGGGCCUCUCUCACACCAGCGCUCUGGUCAGCGCAGCGAACGCAAUCAAGACGGUGAAUGACUCUAUCACUAUCGGUGAAAACGUCUCCUCUUGGUUGCGGCAGCACCGGCCGGGGGCACCUGGACUCAUCUGCAGGGUGGUGGGUACGGAACAGGAGGCUCAAGCUGCACUCGAUGAAUGGCGUAGCCUGGAGAAGCCCAGCAAUAUGCUGGUGGACCCUGCUGAAGACCUCACUCAGCAACAGUGGGAUGAGCUCCGUGAGUUCUUGGUUGAUAGAGGAGGUGAGACGCUCGUCCAGCACUAUGAUUACGAAUUCGUUGGGCGCCCGCCCCGUUGA